AUGGCCCUUUCGCUGCACGGUCUCGAUUACGGCCGCUACCAGAACUCGCAGCCCAGAGCGCCGGUUCUUUAUGGAUGGCACGGCUUUCGGUGGAUGAUCACUUGCAGGUAUUUCUUGGUCGCCUUGGGUGUUAUCGCGACCAUUGCCUAUAAAUUUGCGAUCGUGCAGGUGUCGGUCGCGGUCGUCGAGCCUCUCACCCUAUCUCAAGUCAAGCUCUCUGUGCCAUCGCCAAAUGGGAUAGACAACGGUACAACGAGUCCAUUGUUGUCCGACAGCCCAUCGGGUCGUGAGAACCGAGGCUUUGUUCACCUGGGGGUUACAUCCGUACGAACUGGCCCAGAUCAAAUCAUCAUGGUUGGCUUGGCAACGUGCGACGAUGUUUUCAGAACCUUGGAUAGUGGGACACUCGUUACUCGGGAACUCGUCAUGGUCGCUGAUCGUGUUGAUCCCGAAGGUGAUUAUUUCAUGAAAUCUGACCACACGGGGUGGCAGCGAGAUAGAGCAGCCAGUGAAAAUAAAGAUUCCGAAUGGGUCCCAGGGGAUGUUGGCGCCAUCGUUGACUUUGCCAUACAGGACGCAGGCUCAAUCGCCAUUCCAUGGGCGCCUAUCUUUUCAGCUUGGGAUGAAUGCGGCUCAUUCACCUCCAAGGAUUGCGAUCCGACUCCCCAUAAAGUGAUCAGCCGCUUGAACUACAGCAUGACGUAUGCCAUUGCGGAGGUGAGGCGGACGGUCGCUGUAGGAUCUUGUUCUAUCUUCUCAGAUGACAGCAAGGCAAUUGAACUCUUGGCCACUAGCCCACAAAAAAUACAAACCGAGAAUUCAGACGGUUCGAUAUCACUGUACAGGAACUGGGUUGAUGCUAUCAUAUACAAACAAGAUUCCACUCCUUCCGAAGGUGUGAGCGCUUUCGUCCGCGCAGUAAUGAUUGGCUGGGCGGUGCAAUCCCCCGACUCCGCGCCAGAGUUUGGACAUGCAGCAGGGCAGCCGUUGGGACGAGAGGAUAGCGGCCGUCGCCUCAAUUCAGAGCUACCAUACCCAUACUUCAUCGGCGUUCGUGCCAAUCUGAGUUCGGGAGGCUACAUAGGCGUAGCUGUUGUCUUUAUCAUAAUCGCAUGCCUCAGCCUCUUGGUCCUUGGAUGGAGGCUCCUGAAGGGGGCACCAAGAUUGACUUCUUGGAUGGCCCAACAUGUUAGCCUCAAUCAUCGUGGUGAUGGUGCAGUGCUGGCCAACGGUCAAGACGGUCUUGCUACAGGAUACGAUUUAGCGCCUGUAGACACCGUUUUUGUCAAGUUGGAACCCAAAGAAGUCCUGCACGAUGCCCACGUUGAGAAACAACAGAUAUUUCAUAUUAUGAUUGCUGGGCACGCAAGGCAAACAUCGCCGCAAGAGGCAGUCCUUUGA